AUGGUAGAAUUUGAUGUUACUGAAGAAGAAAAGGAUGUGGAGGCAGCAAAUAUUGCAGGCUUUGGUGGUGUUCCAGUGCUAGGCAGGCUCAUCGUCGGUGUGAUCCUGAGGUACGGCACCCCCGCCACCAGUGGCCAUGACAAGUCACUCAGUUGCACUCAGGAAGACAGAGCCUUCAGCACCUUGUUAGUGAAUGUCAGCGGGAAGUUCUUUGAAUAUACCUUGAAAGGAGAAAUCAGCCCUGGCAAGAUCAACAGUGUGGAACAGAAUGACAUGCUGAGGAAGGUAACAUUUGAUCCAGAGGUAUUUUUCAACAUUCUGUUACCUCCAAUUAUUUUUCAUGCUGGAUACAGUUUAAAGAAGAGACAUUUUUUCAGAAACCUCGGGUCCAUUCUGGCCUAUGCCUUCUUGGGAACUGCUGUUUCUUGCUUCAUUAUUGGGAAUCUCAUGUAUGGUGUGGUGAAGCUUAUGAAGAUUGUGGGACAGCUCUCAGAUAAAUUUUACUACACAGAUUGUCUCUUUUUUGGAGCAAUUAUCUCUGCUACUGACCCAGUGACUGUGCUGGCGAUAUUUAAUGAGUUGCAUGCAGAUGUGGACCUGUAUGCACUUCUCUUUGGAGAAAGUGUCCUAAAUGAUGCCGUUGCUAUUGUGCUGUCCUCGUCUAUUGUCGCCUACCAGCCAGCAGGGCUGAACACACACGCCUUUGAUGCUGCUGCCUUUUUUAAGUCAGUUGGCAUUUUUCUUGGUAUUUUUAGUGGCUCUUUUACCAUGGGAGCUGUGACUGGUGUUGUGACAGCUCUAGUGACCAAGUUCACCAAGCUGCACUGCUUCCCCCUGCUGGAGACAGCACUCUUCUUCCUCAUGUCCUGGAGCACCUUCCUCUUGGCGGAAGCCUGUGGGUUUACAGGUGUUGUAGCUGUCCUUUUCUGUGGAAUCACACAAGCUCAUUACACCUACAACAAUCUGUCAGUGGAAUCGAGAAGUCGAACCAAGCAGCUUUUUGAGGUGCUACACUUCCUGGCUGAGAACUUCAUCUUCUCCUAUAUGGGCCUGGCACUGUUUACCUUCCAGAAGCAUGUUUUCAGCCCUGUUUUCAUUAUUGGAGCUUUUGUCGCCAUCUUCCUGGGCAGAGCUGCGCAUAUCUACCCGCUCUCCUUCUUCCUCAACUUGGGCAGGAGGCAUAAGAUUGGCUGGAAUUUUCAACACAUGAUGAUGUUUUCAGGCCUCCGCGGAGCAAUGGCCUUUGCACUGGCCAUCCGGGAUACGGCAUCCUAUGCGCGCCAGAUGAUGUUCACCACCACCCUCCUCAUCGUCUUCUUCACCGUCUGGAUCAUUGGUGGAGGCACGACUCCCAUGUUGUCGUGGCUUAACAUAAGAGUUGGCGUCGAGGAGCCCUCUGAAGAGGACCAGAGUGAACACCGCUGGCAGUACUUCAGAGUCGGUGUUGACCCAGAUCAAGACCCACCACCCAACAACGACAGCUUUCAAGUCUUACAGGGGGAUGGUCCAGAUUCUGCCAGAGGAAACCGGACAAAGCAGGAGAGUGCGUGGCUCUUCAGGCUGUGGUACAGCUUUGACCACAAUUACUUGAAGCCCAUCCUCACACACAGUGGCCCCCCAUUAACCACCACUCUCCCGGCCUGGUGUGGCUUGCUGGCGCGGUGUCUCACCAGUCCCCAGGUGUACGACAACCAAGAGCCACUGAGAGAGGAAGACUCUGAUUUCAUCCUGACAGAGGGUGACCUUACCUUGACCUACGGGGACAGCACAGUGACUGCAAACGGCUCCUCAGGCUCCCACACGGCCUCCAUGAGCCUCGAGGGUAGUCGGAGAACAAAGAGCAGCUCCGAGGAGGUGCUGGAACGAGACCUGGGAAUGGGAGACCAGAAGGUUUCAAGCCGGGGCACCCGCCUAGUGUUCCCCCUGGAGGAUAAUGCAUAAUUUCCGCCCCCAAAACCCUGAAGCAAUGGGGGUAGGUCCAGUGGUGGAAGGAGGUUGGCUGUAAAUUCAGUGUUGUCUGAGGUGGGGCAUUGACUGAAUGGAACUAAUGCUUCUAUUUUAUUGGGGUCUGAAGAUACCGUAACAAAGUUUAACCCAAGAUGCAGAGGGUGUGGCUAAAGUGGCUCUAAAUCAAGGCAAACGCAGACCUAUUCCCACUUUUUCACAUAGUAGUGCGCUGUUCAGAGUCAAACAAACAAAAUAGCAUGCUUUCCUGGUCUCCUAACCCGCUCACCUGCUGUGUCUGACCAAGGUGCGCAGGUGCUGUGGACUCCUCCUAGGAGAGGCUUCACAGCCACAUGCAACCAUGUGGUUGUUGGAAUAUCAGGUUAGGGGAGGACAGGCCACAAGAAGAAUCAUGAAGGAAGACAGUAGAGAUUGGACCUCCAUCACAGAAAAUGUGAAAAGGUGUUUGAGUGGAAGCUCCAGCUACAAGGGCUGCAUGGCUGCCACCUCAUGUCAGGACUCCGACUUUGUUUUGCUACCUGUGUUUUCUCUAGACUGAAGAUUGGAAAAUAUAUCCAGGAAUGUUUUGACAUGGGGGAAAGAAUUCUAAUUCCUUCUCUGGAAAUCUCCGGAAGGAAGAAGUUAUUGAAAUGUUGUAAAACCAAAGGCAAAAUAGUGUUAAACUGUUGUAUUUGAAGUUAAUCUGAGGACAGGAGAAACUGUUUAGCAGGCCAUGAUGCUCUGAGGGCUACCACAUGGACUGAUGGUAUGGGAAAUGAUUCACAGGACUGAGAUAUCUACUGUGAGUUUAGAAAUGCUGUCCACAUUUGUGGGAUGCUUUCAUCUGGGGAAGAGGAGGCAGCGAGAAGCCUAAGAGGCAAUUGCAAAAAAAUUAACUGCAAUGAAAAUACAUGAUAGUAUUCUAAACAGUGAGUAGAAUUCCAAAUGUUGAGCUAAUAAAUACAUUUUGGUGGCCACACGGAGAAUCAGAAGCAAGUCUGUGGAAAGAGAAGCAUUGUAAACCCAGUGGGAGGUUCUAUCUACUCUAUGACUCAGAAUCCAGAUGUCUUGACCCUGGAUGCCAUGGAAAGGGAGGGCAUUUUCGUGGCACCUAGGGAGGCUUGCUUGCACCAGCUUCAUGUAUGAGUGUGGUAUUUCAGUGUUUAGUUUGGGUUCUUUGUGAGUGAGAUAGUCUACCUGCCCACACCUGCAGUAGGUGAAAUACAGAGAGAACUCUUGGAAACUAAGUUUGAUGUCCCCCCCCCCAUGUCUCUAUGCUUCAGUGCUAGUGUAUUUGAGAACCCAAUUUCUUAAAAAUGCUUUCAUAAAAUGUUGAUUUUUUCCUUAUUAUGGCAGGCAAAAUAGUGGCCCAGUCUAGUAUACACGUAGUGAAACCAGCCAUUUAAUCUUAACUCACAUGUUUAGUUCUUAAAUAACACGUUGCUUUGUGUUUUUUUUAAUUGAUAAUUUGUGUAAACCAAGAAAAAUUUUCCUUAGGUUGAGUCAUAUGAAAUUGUUGAUAUUCAAUUAUUUAAAGAAACAGAAAUGACAAUUUCAUAUGGUUCAGUAUAAUAAAUUGAAUGAUUUUUAUUCCCCUUUCCUUUCUAUGCACACUAAAAUCUGUUUUGUGUAGCCAUCCAUGGGGGUUGUAAGCUGGGAAGAAGCUAAGCAAUGUCCCUAACCUCAUGAAGUCUUAGGGUUACCUAGGUGAGUGAAAGACUGAAGAAAACCUAUGACUCACAGCCAGAGAAACAACUUCUUUAGAUACCCCUGCACCAGGGCUCAGCUGUUGUAAGGACAGGCUGCAGAGAGCAGCUGCCAGGCUUAGCAGAAAGCCAAAGGGGAGUGAGUGUGCUCGCACCCAAAACCAACACCGAAUUUUUAUUCAAUAAAGUUAUCUUAGCGAUGAGCAGUCGUGGCAUAUAAAUGUAAAAGGAGAGGCUUUUGUGUAUAUUUUUUUCUUUUUGCAGAAAUGGAGAGACGGACUGGUUGGCUUUUUGGCUGGGUCAUUAUAAAGCCUGGCUUACCUCUGACAUUGCUUGCUUUUGGAGAGAAGAAGCCGAAAACAAAGCAAAACAAAAAACAAAACCUGAUGAUAGCUCUUAAAAAGAGCCAGCCUUGUGGGACACACCCUCUCCUCAUUAGUGUCAACACUUUGUUGUCAGUUUGGUUUUUAGGAAGCCUGCAACUAUUAUAAGAAAUUACCCUCCUAGGAAAAAGGUAACCACUGAAUUUCACAUUCUAGUCUUAGAUCAAUCCAUAGACUGUAGUGUUUUUCCCCAAAGGGUUUUGUAGUCUCCACUGCAAAUAUUUUCUUAUGACCUACUUAAAUAUGAGUCAUUGGAGAUAUUCCAAGAACAAAAUCUAGCUAGGGUUAUAGUUAUUUGGUUUGAUCUUUAUUCAGUGGAUCAGUGUCAGUUCCUGACCUGUGGGCCUAAUUUUUAUUUGCAAGAUGAGAAUAAUCCUAAUCUUACCAAGGGUCCUGGGAAUUGAGUCUGUUUGUCAAAAUGGUUCCACCUCUGGAAGCAGUGUGCCUGCACUGAAGGAAAAAAGUAAGGUUCCAUGAAGCCCACAAACCAUCUAACUCCAGGCCAACUAUCUGCUGUCAGUUUGGCAUAAAUGAGAUUGAAACUGGUGAGUAAUGGCACAUGCAAAAUUCCUCUGGGAGAGUAACCCCAAGCCAUCUUGUAAUAGGCGUCAUUCUGCAUUGGAGAGAUGACAGUUCAGCAAAGUGAAAUGUUCUAAAGCAGAGGCUCCCAGUCCUGGCUGCACGUUAAGAUUACCUGCCAGUUUUAAAAAAAUUUCAAUACAAGAGCCUUAUCCUCAAGAUUUAGGUUCCAUAGUUUUAGAGGGGACCUGGUUCCCACGCUUUGUUUUGGAUCCUCAGAAAUUCUCAUGUGCAGCAAGGCUCAAGCGUCUUCUGUCUAGAACUUGCAGUGAACUCUGUUGCGAACCUUAUUUAAAACAGCUUAGGAAAUGAAUGGUGGUUUUUGUUUUUGGUUUUAAUUAUUAGUCUUAUGGAACAAAUUGAGUGUUGAUGAAUAAGACAGACUGGGGUGCCAUGGAAGGCUUUCUUGCUAGUAAUCUUCAUAGAACUCAAGCAUAUAGAACUGAAAAGGUCAUGUUUGUAGACUUUAGAGCAUGAAAAGGAGAGAAGAGUGACUUGAGCAUAUGCGUGGGGAGAAUUUCAAACCUGUCAUCUUGGCCCCAUUUGUGGAAAGCAAAGGGUUUUUUCUUAACUGCUGACCAAUCAAAUGUGAAGAUUUCUGAGAAGCUGUCUUCUCAGUUUAACCUGGGAUCAAAUCAGUAGUCUCCUUUGCAGGCAAGUGAACUUUCUCUUCAUCCUUCCCUUGUCCCUGUGCCCGACUCCACGUUGGGCUUCUCCAUAAAAUGACCUCUCUUAUUGCCAGAACAGACACCCUGAAUUAGGGGAAGGUUGUGAUUACCUUGCUGUCAUUCAGUUGUGUCCAUUGCAGGUGCUUAAAGAGCUGCAAACUUAUAUAUAGCACCAACAGAAGGAAGAGAAAAACUCCUACCUUUCCUUUUAAUACUGUUUGGGGGCUACAAGGUGGUCUGAACUUUUCUCUCCUACAGAUGGAAAUUUGGAAUUAGUUAAGUUUGCAUUUUUUUCCUAGGAACCAAGUAAAAGAAGGGCAUAUGGGAUUAAAUGGACUCUGACUAUCCAGGGCAUUUACUGGGGUGACCAGACAGAUGAUCAUUGAUGCCUUGCCGUCCAGAAUCACUCCACGACAUCAAAUGUUUCAUCAAGCAAACAGCAAGGGGCUCUGUAGGCUGUGUUCUCUAGACCUGAAAAUGCCCUAGUGGUUUGGUUGACAGAUGUAAUAAUCACUUUAGAAAACAGGAAAAAUGUUCUCUCAGCUAUUCAUGAACAUUUAUGUCUAGGGCAAACUAUUAAUAGGUCAGGUCUCUUUCAUGCACAUUCUCACCACAAGCAUAUUGCUCCCUUUUUUGGUGCACAGUGGAAGUUAAGGCAAUCAUGUCAAAUUUUUAAUGUGAACAAAGUGAUUCCUAAAUGUAGAUAUCCCAUUGAUGCAUGUAGGGGAGCUCAGUGGCAGGGCAACUGAGCAAGUCAGUGGGGGAAGGGGGGAAAGUCAUUCACCUGGGAACCUUCUUUGGGAGCUCGUGAGUUCUAAGAGGUAUCAGUAGCUGAUUUUACCAUCUAUUAUAAAAUGUCAUCUGGAAGGAGGGCUGCUAGAAAGUCAGCUUGCUGAUUCACUAAGUGUACAUGACUUCUUAUUCCACUUUGGAAACAGGGGAGUUGGCAAGUUUCAUGCCUGCCUUUUGAUGUUGAUUCUGUAGAUUAGUUAGUACACAACUGAUUUCAAAUACAUCAGACUGGUGUCAUUGUAUUCUGAUCUUGUGUGUUAUUGUUAAGUGAGAAUUUGGUUUGCCAGUGUCAUUUGCUACGGUUUGAUAUGGUAAAUUCAAGGAAUCUUGUGGCUACAAAAACAAAUUACAGCUUAGAAACAACCCAUCUGAAUGAAUGCUGCUUUCAUCACUUUGACUCCUAAAAAUACCUUUCCCUUUUCUAAAAUCUAACAGGAAUAAUACACAGAGAAAGACUAUAAAGACCAGUGCUAAUGUCUAGCUACGAAAAGCAAGUAGACUCUUUGACAAUCCUUUUAAAACAAGACCUAGAAAUAAAUCACUUUUCCCUUUUCAAUUUUCAUAUUAGAGGUUUUUUUUUUUUUUAAUGAAAAACAGACACAUCUUUGUCUUGUCACCCAGUGCUAGUAGAAAUUGUAGAGAGCGAAACCAAAGUUUUUUGAUGUUAGUUUUAUUUUUGUAAGGGUACUAGCCCACAUGGAACACAUAGGCAGCCAGUUUAAUGCUGCAUGAGCCUUGGAGAUGAGAAGGCGGGUCUGCCUGUUCUGCUGCCUUUUGAAAAGGUCUGAAGCAGGAGCACUUGGGAGAGGUCUCCUCAUUCCAACAGCCCCCUUUGUAAAAGGGUUAAUUGAAUUGCCAAAUGUCAUAGUCGGCUCAAUUCUUGGCCAGUGGAAAAUCAUCUGAGCAUAUAUAUAUAUAUACUGGAGGAACUCAGAAAAGUUCUGUAGCCAAUGUGAAGAAUUCUACAUCUGCAGUCUAAGAAACUUUACAAAUGUUAACUUAAGAUGCAGUGUUUCGGGUGACUAGCUAGGUACGCGGUCAUCUGGGGAUUGACUUGUGAUUAUUCCAGCCGUGGGCCUUGGAAAAGCAGAGGAAUGAUUUUCAGUUGUGUUGGGUGUUAAGUCUAUGAACUUGAAAUUAUCACUGAAAUCACUUAUUCGAAGUGUGGCUUCAUAGUAGGGUCACCUCCUCCUAGUUCAUCUUUUCAUUUUUUACAAAAAAUAGACAUGGUACUUCUUAUUUAGGAAUUUUUACUAUGUCCAUUAAAACAAUUAAAUGGGAAGGCCACCAAGACUCAUUUAGUAACUAAAAAGCAAUUUUUUUAAAUAGGACAGGGUGGAUUUAAAGUGGGAUGAUGUGACCUUCUGGGGAACUUUUGAUAGAGAGCUUACAUAAUAUAAUUGGAGAGAAUUUUGUCUUCUUCCAUUCAAAAGUAACAAACUGGUGGUUUUGUAAGUUAACAUUGUAGUAUGUUAUAUAAAUAAAAAUGUUCUAUAAAAUAAUAUUAAAGUAUGUUUAACUGUGAAAAAGUGAAGACUUGGAGUAUCAGCAACUUUUAUGUGCAAUAAGAAGAACUGCAGUUAGGCCCCCAAAGUGCUAUCUUUCCUAGCAUUUUACUUAAUGUUUGCCUUUAUGUGUAUGUUUAGACUGAUAUUGUAAAGCUAGCCUCAUGUUUUCCUGCCCUUUACUGAUAUUUAACACAUUUUUCUUAAGCCUUUUUUUUUUUUUUUUUACAAAACUCAAAAUAAAAAGAUUA